AUGCUUGCUGCCGGGGUGGUUGGUGCAGACGAAGGAUGCUGUGGAACCGAUGGUUGCGACAGCGCAUUGCGAAUUUGCGAGUGGCUAGGUAAGCGGGCGAGGGUUGGGUUGGUUGAUGGUGUUCGGUUCGCGGGCUUGGCUGGGACUGGGCUGACCUUGAUACCGCCUGCCGCUGGGUUCGUUACGGUCGUAAAGCAAUUUGAUUUGGACAUCGAGACUUCGGAGGUGCUUGUCGAAUUGAUGUUGGAGCUUUUGUGUAAGGGAUAUCUUCUCUUUAGAGAGUUGGUCGGCUCGCUCGAAGCUUUGUCGGAUCUGGGAGCGCAAGGUCUCCUCCUUAGGAUUGGGCUCGUUGCUGCCGUUCGACUUGAUCCAUUUCUGGAUUUUGGCAUCCCUAUCCUCUAUCAAGCGGAUGCAUUCGGCAUACUGGCGGUCCUUGUCUUGGAUCUCAUCGUGGGUAAAUCGGAUUUCUUCGGGCAGGUUCUGAACGCGGUUGAUCCAAUCCUCCAAAAUCAAGCCAGGAUCCAGAGGUUCGGCUUGAGGCAUCCUCUUCACGAAAUCUAUUGA